AGAGAUAUACACAAGCAUCCAUCAUUGAAUGGAAAGCUAAGCCUUUUUAAAACUUUCAACCUCAUCUGCAACUGCAAAUUGGCAAACUCAAUGAUCAACUUUUACGAGUUGACUCCAUCUUUUGAAAAAGAAAUUUAUUGAAGAAACCCCAAAAGUCAAAAACCCUAAUCUUCCGAAAGCAUCAUCAUCAUAUAAGUUCAUAACAAUGCCUUCAAUGCAAGAACCUGUGAGCCUGUUGACAGGUUGGACCAAUAAAUUUCUUGUCCAUUGGCAGAUGAGCCUCAUUUACUCAUGCAGAUAUGACAGUUGAGUCGAUUUUCAGUGACUUAUAGGAGAAAUAUGUUCUAAGCUAUUUCUCAGCUUAUAAAUAUGUGUCCUACACUCUUAUUACACCACUGCUCAGUUAGCUUUGCUUGCUAGCUAUAGAUUGUUUAAGCAAGCAAUGGGUACUGCCAUUAAUCAUAUUUGUGUUUUGGGAGCUAUCUUGUUGUGUCAUUUCCUUGUGAGUGCUGUUUUUGUAUUGGCUGAUCGUGUUAAUGUUGAUGAUAAGGAUGAUAAGCAUUUGCUGUUUCAUCGCCCUUUGUUGGGAGGAGGUUUAGGUCAUGGCAUUUAUAAGAAGGGUUUUAAACAUGGUGGUCUCGGUGGUGGUAUAGGAGGUGGAGCAGGUGGUGGGUUUGGAGGUGGUGCAGGAGGUGGUUUUGGUGGUGGAGCUGGGGGUGGUUUUGGUGGUGGAGCUGGUGGCGGGCUAGGUGGAGGUGGGGGUCUUGGUGGUGGUGCAGGUGGAGGUUUAGGUGGUGGUGGUGGGCUUGGUGGCGGCGCUGGUGGAGGUUUGGGUGGUGGCAUUGGUCACGGAGGUGGUUUAGGUGGUGGCAUUGGUCACGGAGGUGGUUUAGGGGGUGGCAUUGGGCAUGGAGGUGGUCUAGGCGGUGGUGGUGGACUAGGAGGGGGAGCUGGAGGAGGUUUGGGUGGCGGACAUGGCGGGGGUCUUGGAGGUGGCGGUGGACUAGGUGGCGGACAUGGUGGAGGUCUUGGAGGUGGUGGUGGGCUAGGUGGCGGACAUGGUGGGGGUCUUGGAGGUGGCGGAGGACUAGGUGGCGGACAUGGUGGUGGACUUGGAGGUGGUGGCGGACUAGGUGGUGGACAUGGUGGUGGUCUAGGAGGAGGAGCUGGAGGAGGUUUAGGUGGUGGACAUGGUGGAGGUCUUGGAGGUGGUGGUGGAAUAGGAGGGGGAGCUGGUGGAGGCUUGGGUGGUGGACAUGGUGGUGGUCUUGGAGGAGGAGCUGGAGGAGGCUUAGGUGGUGGACAUGGUGGAGGUCUUGGAGGUGGUGGUGGACUAGGAGGGGGAGCGGGCGGAGGCUUGGGUGGUGGACAUGGUGGUGGUCUUGGAGGUGGUGGCGGACUAGGUGGCGGACAUGGUGGUGGUCUUGGAGGAGGAGCUGGAGGAGGUUUAGGUGGUGGACAUGGUGGAGGUCUUGGUGGAGGAGGUGGACUUGGAGGGGGUGGUGGUGUUGGUGGAGGUGCAGGAGGUGGCUUUGGUGGCGGUGCAGGUGGCGGUGGAGGGCUAGGAGGUGGUGCUGGCGGCGGAGGAGGAUUUGGUGGAGGUGGGGGUGCCGGAGGAGGAUUUGGAGCUGGUGGAGGUUUUGGCAAAGGUGGUGCUAUUGGUGGUGGAGCAGGUGGAGGUGGCGGUGGAGGUGGUGGGUUUGGGGGAGGCUUUGGUGCUGGUGGUGGCGCAGGGUUUGGUGCUGGAGGUGGAUUUGGUGGUGGACACUAAAUUAAGCUGAUGCUGAGAUUAGCAAGCCGAGAAGUAGAAGAAUGAAAUAUACAUAUGUUGCGUACUCUACCCCAUAUCAGUAAUGUGUGUCAGUGUCACUAAUUGGAUAUGCUUUCUUGUAUCAUUUGUUUUUUUCUUUUAUCCAAAUAUAAAAUUAAUUAAUCAACAAUUAAAAAAUUAUAAUCACCGCUGAUGAGGCUGAUUAACAAAUCAAAGCUUAAA